AAAAACGAGAAAAACGAAAGGCAAAACCAAAAAGGAAAACGCGAUUCUGGGGCGGCAGAAAGGGAAAUCCCGCCGAGGAGCAGCAGCAGCAGCAUGACCUCCAUCCUGGACAUGAAGGCCGGCCCGCCCGACUACUGGGCGGAGAUCAGCAACUUCUUCCUGCCGCUGAAAUACCUGAUCACCAACGACCGCUUCGACGCGAUGGUGCGGGACAUAGACCUCUAUUACCUGAUCAACGGGGUCUUCUGGAUAUUCGUGGCGCUGUCCUGCGGCUACUACGCCUUCCAGCGGCUCUUCCAGUUCUUCCUCAAGUCGUCGAACAUGAAGCACUUCCAGCGGAGGCUGUUCGCCCGGGUGAUCUGGAACAUCGCCUUCUAUGCGGCCAGCUGUUUGUUCCUGCACUUCUUCAACGAGUUCAUGAUCCUGCCCCAGCUGAUGAAGAACCAAGGGCGCUACUCGCUCUUCUACUCCUCGGACAACCUCAUCUUCUAUCGCUCCCACCACGCGGAGAAGUUCCAGUUCUAUUCGAUCUUCAUCAUCACGUUCUACCUGCAUGGGGCGUGGCUGGACUUUAAGGACGCCGACUUCCUGGAGGUGGGCUCCAAGGGACUCUACCUGCUGUCCCUCGUGGCCAUCGAUGUUUACAGGUACGAGAACUACUUUGUGGGCCUGAAUCUGACGGUGGGUCUGUACAGCAUACUCACCGAGGUGCUGGCCCUGCUGGUCCUGCCCAGCACCAACUCGCACCGGCUGAUCUACCAGGUCUUCCUGGGCCUGCGCAUCGUGGUGUGGGCCUACGUGUUUGUCAACCUGCUGCCCUUCAAGUACUUUAUACCCACGCUGUUUGCCAAGAACUUCAAGUUGCCCCUGAACGUGGCCGUUUGGUUGUGGUACGGCCUCUCGAUCUGGAACUCGCCGGUGCUGCAGUACUUCUACCAUCAGAUCUACCACACGGCACCCUCGGACUGUUCGGGCGAGGGGUCGGCGGCCAAGUGCAUCCUGGUGAAGGACACCAGUGAGUUCCGGCACUACAAGACGCUGAAGAAGGCCUAUUUGGAGGUGAAGCUGGCCCACAUCAGAACCACCUCCAACUCGCUGCCCUCGGAGACCAGCUCGGCCUCGGCGAAGACCUUCCAGGCCAUCAAAUGCGUCAUGAUGCUGAAGCGCAAGUUGAAGAGGAUCCGCGAGGGACGUGGUCAUGAGCCGGAGGAUGACAACGAUGACCAGGCCACCGACACCUAAUCUCGUCCAGCAGCCAGGACGUCGCACACUCUCACACAAGUAGACCUAGACAUUUCCUUAAACCAAAAAAGACACAAGUUCUGCUUAGGCUAGAAAUUCACAAGCUGAAAUAGCGCUCUCUCUCUCACACAGUCUUGUUGGGGUUUAUGCGCGUGGCUAAAUCGUGAUAAUAGUGCAGUGCGUUUUGGCAACUCUAAGGUCGUAGCAAGUCUCAAGAACGGAAUCAAAAUGUUGGCUAUGUUCAAACAAACAUCUCUGAUGUGACUAGUAACUAGAAACGUAGGAGGAAAUUUAAAACCAAAAAAGAAACAACUCUGAUGUGACUAGUAACUAGAAACGUAGGAGGAAAUUUAAAACUAAAAAGAAAAAAUUCAAAUGGUUGCUAAGCUUUGGUUGAUAAUGUGUAAACUAAAUGCGAGAUUUAAAGUGUAGCUAAAUAUUUCAACGAAUCGUCUAUGUAUUUUAAUUGAAACACAUCGAAAACUUUGGUUUUUACCAUAACAUAUAACUACUAUAUACGAAGAAAUCAAGAUAAUCUCAAGGGCUAUGUAGAAAUCGAAAAGUGAGGCUUAUUAUAAUAGCGUAGAAAUAUUUUAUACACAUAAUGGUUACCCAAACGCACUCUACCAAACGUACUUAUCCGUGACAAACUGCGGUACAGUGAAUACACGUUUUACUAGCUAACACAUAUUUAUUGACCUCUAGACCAAUUCUAAGCCCAGAUCACGAUUUGGCGACGCGCAUAAACCGAGCGGCUGUGGAACCCUAGUGAAAUAAAGUAGUACCGCCCGACUUUUGGCGCCCGCGGAGAUCGUCUUGGAUGAUACGGAUAUAUUUAUAUUAUAUUUAUAUAGCUACUACAUCGCUCCAACUCGCUCUCUCCCUCGCACACACGAACGCAGUUUCUCUCUCCUUUAGAUUUGUAAGUCGCCUUCAACUUAUUGUUGUUGUUUAUUCGCUGUGACUUAAUGACAUAUUGAAAUAUUGUAAUGUGUUUUUUUCGUUCUUUUUAAUUGAAAUAUACUAUAUAUGGGCUAAACGAGCGCAAUUGAAA